AUGUUUUUCGCCGCCCGUCAACUUCAGGAGAAGUGUCAGAAGAUGCGGGCCCACCUGUAUUCCACCUUCGUGGACCUGACGAAAGCCUUCUACACGGUGAAUCGUGAAGGACCGUGGACGAUCAUGCAGAAAUUCGGCUGUUCGGAACGAUUCACUCAGAUGGUACGUCAGCUGCACGACGGUAUGAUGGCGCGAGUCACGGACAACGAAGCUGUCUCAGAGGCAUUCGCAGUGACCAACGCAAAGCAGCAGGGAUGCGUGCUGGCGCCUACCCUAUUUAGUCUUAUGCUUUCUGCCAUGCUGAUGGACGCCUACCGUGAUGAACGCCCCGGGAUCCGCAUCGCCUACAUGACGGACGGUCACCUUCUGAAGCAACGGCGGAUGCACUUCCAAUCCCGCGUCUCCACAACCACCGUUCACGAUCUUCUCUUCGCCAACGACUGCGCCCUGAAUACCACCUCGGUAGAGGAGAUGCAACGGAGCAUGGAUCUGUUCUCUGCCGCCUGCGAGAAUUUCGGUCUGGUCAUUAACACGCAGAAGACGGUGGUCAUGCAUCAACCGCCACCCAACACAGCCACUCCUCCCAACGCGCCGCAAAUCAGCGUGAACGGAACGCAACUGCAAGUGGUGGAGUACUUCCCGUACCUGGGCAGCACCCUCUCCCUUAACGCCAAAAUCGAUGACGAAGUCGCCAACAGGAUCUCGAAAGCUAGUCAAGCCUUCGGCCGCCUCCAAAGCACAGUCUGGAAUCGUCACGGUCUCCAACUGAGCACGAAGCUGAAGAUGUACAAGGCCGUCAUCCUGCCGACGCUGCUGUAUGGAGCGGAGACUUGGACAGUAUACACAAAGCAGGCACGUCGACUGAAGCACUUUCAUCUUAGUUGUCUCUGUCGCAUCGUGAAGCUGAACUGGCAGGAUCGAUUCCCCGACACGGAAGUACCGGAACGAACGGGAAUCCUCAGCAUCUACGCCAUACUGAGACAAAUGCAGCUGCUGUUGAGCGGCCAACUGGUGCGCAUGGACGACUAG